AUGGCUGCCAUCGGCAAUAUAGAGCCAUUCGACGAAGCAAACGGUUCGUGGGACGUCUACUCAGAGCGCCUGACAGCGUACCUGAGCGCAAACUCCAUUGAUGAAGACAAGCAAUAUUUGGGUUUACCCAGUAGUGGAAGGGCUGAACUGAAAAUGGAACUUGACACAGGCUCAGCUUACUCAAUAAUCUCUCUCGAAGAAUACAAGAAGAGAUUUGCCAAGAUACCAAUGAACACAACGGAGGUGAUUUUGAAGACCUACACUCAGGAACCGGUGAGACCCGAAGGGACACUAAAUGUAGCAGUACAGUACAAUGGAGUCCACUAUAACCUAAAGUUGUUCGUCCCUCAAAGGAUCAGGGCCAGCUCUGUUCGGACGGUCAUGGUUACACAAGAUACAAUUGACUGGCCAGCUAUACGUCAAAUUAGGAAAGUUCCUAAAGAAGCUAAGGAGAAGUUACAAGACAUUUUGCAGGAUCAUGCAGAGGUUUUCAAGAAUGAACUAGGUACAUUAAAGAAUGUAAAAGCGAGGAUUGAGGUAGAAGAAGAUACCACUCCAAAGUAUGUGAAGGCACGACCAGUGCCAUACUCUUUGCGCCAAAAGGUUGAUGAUGAGAUUGACAGACUGGUGAAAGAGAACAUCUUAGAACCGAUAGACUGCAGCGAGUGGGCAACGCCAAUAGUACCUGUGGUGAAGAAAAACGGAUCAGUUCGUCUUUGUGGAGAUUUCAAAGUGACUCUCAAUCCAGUGUUAAAGCGAGUAGAAUACCCGCUACCUCGAAUAGAAGAUUUAUUAGCAAAUCUGUCAGGGGGCCAGGAGUUCACAAAGUUGGGAUCUCUCCAAUGCAUAUCAACAAAUGUUGGUAGACGACGAAUCAAGAAGGUUACUCAUGAUAAGGUGAAUGCUGUAUUGAAUGCACCAGCACCAGAAAAUGUCUCACAGUUGCGCAGUUUUCUAGGACUGUUGAACUAUUAUAACAGAUUUCUACCAAAUCUGUCUAUGGUCAUUAGACCAUUGAACAGGCUUCUAGAGAAAGGAACAGAAUGGGAGUGGUCGGAGAGCGCAGACACAGCUUUCAAGAAGGCGAAGACCUUGUUAUUAUCUGCGGAUGUACUGGUACAUUACAACCCAGAUCUACCUGUCACAUUGGCUUGUGAUGCCUCACCUUACGGAGUUGGUGCUGUGUUGUCUCACAUCACAAACCAUGGAGAGAAGCCCAUUGCCUUCAUCUCUAGAACAUUGACUAAAACUGAACAAAACUAUGCACAAAUUGACAAGGAAUCACUGGCAAUAGUGUUUGGUGUGCGGAAGUUCUCUCAGUACUUGAUCGGCAAGAAGUUCACAUUGAUUACUGACCAUCAGCCAUUGGUGAAAAUCUUGGGACCAAAGACAGCGAUUCCUCCACUGGCGGCAGCAAGAUUCCAGCGGUGGGCAAUGAUGUUGUCAGCUUACGACUACAACAUCGUAUACAGAAACUCCAAGAACAAUGCGAAUGCAGAUGGACUUUCUCGAUUGCCGAUACCAGAGCAAGUACCUCGCAAUGUCAUGGAUGCUGCUGCAGUAUUCAACAUGUCACAGUUGGAAAGUUUACCAGUGAAAUCAGCGCAGGUUGCAAGCGAAACCAAGAAGGAUAACGACUUAUCCUUGGCCAUGGAUUACACGCUGACUGGAUGGACGAAGCCUGAAGUGCAGUCUCUGCAACCUUUCUACAUUAGACGUAAUGAGCUGACAGUACAAGGAGGAUGCCUCAUGUGGGGUAUGAGAGUAAUCAUACCUGCAAACCUCAGACCUGUAGUUCUCAAUGAACUGCACAUAGGGCACCCAGGAAUUGUGAAGAUGAAGGCGUUGGCACGCAGUUAUGUGUGGUGGCCAAAUUUGAAUGAACAAAUUGAACAAACAGUGAAGUCGUGUGCAGAGUGCAUGAAGUGUCAGAACCAGCCCUCACCUGCACCCCUACACCCUUGGCGUUAUCCGGAUGGGCCAUGGCAUAGGAUCCAUGUAGACUUUGCGGGACCAUUCAUGGGAAAGAUGUUCUUUGUAGUGGUUGAUGCUUAUAGCAAGUGGCCGGAAGUGGUUGUGAUGAAUUCAACGACAUCUGAGAAAACCAUUGAUGUGCUUCGCAGUGUGUUUAGUAGACAUGGUCUACCACAGCAACUAGUGAGUGAUAAUGGCCCACAGUUUGUGUCAUCAGAAUUUCAGCAAUUUAUGGCCAGGAAUGGUGUUCAACACAUAACAUCCUCACCUUACCACCCAGAAACUAACGGUUUGGCAGAGAGGUUUGUGCAAACUCUAAAACAGAGUCUACGAGAAAGUGUGAGCAAUUCGAACGCACCUUUGCAGCAGCAGUUAUCAGUGUUUCUAAUGAGAUAUAGAAACACACCACACUCGACAACUAAAGAGGCUCCUGCAGUCUUGCUCAUAGGGAGAAGACUGAGAUCACGCCUUGAUUUACUGAAACCAAACAUUGCCAUGACAGUGGCGGAGGCUCAAGAGAAACAGAUACAGGAACGAGGUGCAGGGAAAGUACGAACAGACACAUUUGAGCCAAAUCAACCUGUCCUUGCUAGGAACUACAGGGAAGGUGCUAAGUGGGUACCAGGGACAGUAGUUGACAAGUCAGGGCCAGUGUCAUACAAAGUACAAGUUAAUCCAGGAUCGGUUUGGAGGCGUCAUACCGAUCAACUACUGCCAUGUUCAAAUCCUGUGAUGGCUGGUGAUGUAAGUGCUAGUUCUAUCAACCUUGAACAGACAGCAGAGUUACCAGAGUGUGCAAAUCCUGUUAUAACUUCUGAAACAGACACAGACAGUGACAAACAGAUUCCAGCACAGGAGCGACGUUAUCCAGUUCGUGAAAGACGACCACCGAACAGACUGGAUUUGUGA